AUGGAAAUGAUUAAUGAAUGGAACUCUCGUAAGUCAAUAUCUAGUCUAUGCAAUGAAUGGAAAAAAGAAAGACCACAGUUCCCCAAACAGAAUUUACUUUUUUUGUUAUACAAUGUCGAAGGAUUGAAUACUCAUGUUGCGGAUGUAGAUUUACUGCUUUCCAAUUAUCAACCACAUAUUUGUAUUCUUACAGGAGUAGGUGCUGCUAUACGUAAACAGAUAAAAUUUCCAAAUUAUCAUGCAAUUUCUCAACCCGGUACUAAUUCUUUCGGAGGAGUGAUAAUUCUAUAUCAAUUUCAUAUUGAAUGCAAAGUAGUAGAAAAGGAUCUAAAUUUUUUGAUGAUUAAAUUAACUUCCAAUCAUGAUGAUAUACACAUUGGUGCUAUAUAUGUCCCUCCAAAUUCUCUGCCACCAUUUCAACUAUUAUCAAAAUACCAAAACAAAUCUUUCUAUAUUUUUGGUGACUUUAAUGCAAAACAUAUAAAUUGGGGUUGCAAAAUGAACAAUACAAGUGGAGUGCACUUAUUAAACUGGUUUGAAUCAACUGGAAACGAAAUUAUUGCUCCAACUAAGCCUACAUCGAAAAGAUCGGAUGCAAUUAUAGAUUUUGGAAUAACACACGAUGCUAAGGGUUGGAAUACAGAAGUGCUUACUGAAGGAACAUCAGAUCACUUUCCUAUUUUAUUUCAAUCUCCUAUAGGAAAAAUAGAAGAUGCAUAUUUCACGAAAACAAAUUGGAAAUUAUUCAAAUUUUUUCUUCUUCUUGUACAUGAAUAUUGGAUGUCUUUAAUCUACAAUCUUGAUGAGCAAACAUUCUUCUCACUAUUCUCUUCAUUUUUAUCAUCUCUGCGGGAUAAGUGCAGUAUAUAUGAAAAUGCUACAAAAUAUCGUGCACCAUGGCCACCUGAGUUAGUACUACUUGCAAGAUCUGUAAAUAAGGCAAAAAGAAGCUAUAGAAGAAAUAAAACUGAUACCAAACUUCAAUACUAUCUUUCAUUAAAAGAAAUAUUCAUCGAUCAAAGAACUAAAUUUUUAUAUGAAAAAAGAGAACAAAAAGUAAAAUGGAUUGCUAUGGACACAACCUAUGGAAAUUCGCAAAACCUUCAUUCCACGUAUAUUCUCCUCAAUUUAAAGGAAUUAAAAAUGGAUCUGAAAUCAUAA